UGUUUUGGUUUGGGUUGUUUAGUUUUGUUCAAUGUUUUCCUGUGUUCCAUGUUUGUCGUGUGCUCAUUAGGUUGUUGUGUCCACCUGUUCUCGUCUACUUUGUCGACCAAUCAGCUCUCUCUAGCCACUCGUCUUGUCCAGGUGUUCCUCGUUGUCUCGUCAAUUUGUUUGUAUUUAGUUCCCUGGUUUCUUUCAGUUCUCGUCGGUUCAUUGUCGUUGCCACGUCUUUGCUAUGUCAUAGUUGCCAGUUGUCGUUGUCACGUCUUUGCCAUGUCAUAGUUGCCAGUUGUCGUUGUCACACGUCUUGCCAUGUCAUAGUCGCCAGUUGUUUAGUCGCCAGUUGUUUAGUCACCAGUUGUUUUAAUCAUUGUGAUUCAAUAUUAUUAUUUUGAAAUUCCCGCACUCCUGCCUUGCCUCCCUGCUUCCCUGCAAUUGGGUCCACCAUGUUCUUGCCUUGUGUUUCUUGCCUUCGCCCUAACCACGUACGUGACAGAAUGAACCGACCAGAACAGGACCCAGCGGGAAGAACAUGGCGUCACCCUGGACACCACCAAACUGCCUCCCACUGUCCUCAGCCUGCCAUCCAUACCUACCCUCCUCCAGUGUCAUCUGUGUUUGAGAGAUGGCCUCCGCGGUGUGUUCUUGUCACAUGGAGCUCCGCAGCCACCAGGUGCUGACAGAUGACACAAGAACAAUGCACACCCAUCCGCACCGAAGUACUUGAUGUACGUAAUGAGAAGCCCUUUAAAACAGUUUGCGCUGUUAGCCCUCAGAUGAAACCCUAUUGGGAUGUCUAAUCUGAUGAAGCACUGAGCUCCACAGGUGCCUUUGGGAAUACAGUUGCAAGUUUGCCGUCUUUGCAGUUUGACUUUCCAUCUCUGGUGACAUAAUGUAUGGGCUGCUGUGUGAGAGUCUGCAUGACUUCAUCAAGGAGUCGUACGGGGACGACGUGUGGAAACUGGUCAGAGAAAGGGCAGAUGUCCGGCUGCACUCCUUUGUCACUCACCAGGUGUACAGUGAGAGUGUGAUUCCUCGCAUUGCGAAGGCAGCCAGCGGGGUGACAGGAACGCCCUACAAUGAGCUGAUGAACUCCUGGGGUGUGUACUUCCUGGGAUUUGUGGGGAAGUACGGCUACGACAGGAUCCUCAAGGUGCUGGGCCGUCACGUCCGUGACUUUGUCAAUGGCCUCGACAACCUCCACGAGUAUCUGCGUUUCAGCUACCCCAAGGUGCAGCCCCCAACCUUCUUCUGCCAGGAGGAAUCCGCCACUGGAGUCACCCUCCACUACAGGAGUAAGCGCAAAGGCUACCUGCACUACGCCAUGGGUCAGUUGAGGCAGAUGGGGAAGCAAUUCUAUGACACUGACAUACACGUGGAGGUCUUGUCUGAGCAGAUGGUGGGAGACUACUCCCAUGUCACCAUGAGGCUGAACUUUGACAACUCUGCUUACCGCUACAUCAUGAAGGAGGAUGAGGAAGAGCAGGAGAUUCUGCCAAUCACCUCUGAUUUCUUCUUUGAGGUCUUUCCCUUCAACAUUGUCUUCAGACAGGACAUGGUGGUGCACAAUGUUGGCUCAGGACUUUCUACAGUCUUCCCUGAUUUAGAUGGAAAGAAGAUCAAUGAUGCCUUCUUGUUGGCUCGUCCCCUGGUGGAGUUCACAUGGAACAUGAUCAUCUCUCAUCCCAACAACUUGUUUGAGAUCAUGUCCAAGGAACCUGUGAAAAGAGAGCGGAAUCUCCACAACCGAGUCCAGAAUUCCGACUAUGAAACUGCCAAUCGCUCUGCUGAUGUGGACGUGGAGCUCAUGGCUUUUCAGUCCAUUAUUGGAGACGAUUACAAAGAUGGUAACAGCGCUAAUGCCAUGGAGAGCUUGGGGGACGGGAGCCGAUGCCUGAAGCUAAAAGGACAAAUGAGAUACAUGCCUGAGUGGGAGUCUAUCAUCUUUCUUGGAACACCUGUGAUGGAGAGCCUGAGUGCUAUGUUUAAAACUGGACUGUACAUCAAUGACUUGAGCAUGCACGACUCCAGCAGAGAUUUGGUGCUGGCAGGUACACAGCAGUCAGAGGAGCUGAAAAGAGCACUCAUCCAGGAGCAAAAGAAGUCCAGCAAGCUAGAGGAGAGCAUGAAGAUGCUGGACUAUGAGAUGAAAAAGACAGAUGACCUCCUUUACCGAAUGAUUCCCAAGCCAGUGGCAAAGAGGCUGCGCAAAGGAGAGCCGGCUGUAAACACUUGUGAGGUGUUCCCAGAUGUGACCAUUCUUUUCAGCGAUGUGGUGGGAUUCACUCGCAUUUGCAGCCACAUCACUCCGAUGCAGGUGGUGUCCAUGCUCAACACCAUGUACACUUUGUUUGACACACUCAGCGAGAAGCACCGAGUCUUCAAGGUUGAGACCAUCGGAGACGCCUACAUGGUGGUCGCGGGGACUCCGGAGAAGACCAAGUAUCACGCCCAUAACAUUUGCGACAUGGCGUUGGACAUGGUGCGCUCCAUCGAUCACUUAAAAGACCCCUCAAACGGAAACAACAUACAGAUUCGUGUCGGCAUUCACUCUGGGAUGGUGGUAGCAGGUGUGGUAGGACACAAGAUGCCCCGUUACGGUCUGCAUGGCGACACGGUCCACACAGCGUCUGCCAUGGAGAGCAACGGAAAGGAGAUGCAUAUCCAGCUCAGCAGCGCCACCUAUGAACACCUGAAAGGAAGCCACUUUAUUUUUGAAAGGAGGGGCACCAUUACCAUCAAGGGCAACGUUGAGAUUGAGACCUACUGGCUGAAAGGUAAGCGGGACAAAGACGGAAAUGCCCAAGCAGCGUGUCCUCAGUUCGAGAGCCAAAACAUCAGUAAGGCCAUCAGCAAGGCCAGCAUCACUGAGAUCAUGAGAGACGAGGAGGGACUGGUUUUCCCACUGGUGGCAGGCGAGGACGAGGAUGACGUCAAGUCAAUUCAUUCUCAUCGCAUCAAGAUGGAGAUUUCAGGCCAUUCUCUGGAGGAGUCCAUGGAGGAGUGUAGGGUGGAGGAGAUGGCUGUUCAUAAGGCUGGAGCUAGGAUUGGUCGACAACUGCAUGACGUCACGACGGGAAGCAGUUUUGGCCAUAAAACAAGCGGACAACAACUACUGCGGGCUCUUCAACACGCACGGUGGUCUGAGCCACGUGGGGGAGAGCCCAGCGCUGAACCUUCACCAACCUUAUUGUUUGACUUUGUAUUUUCGAAUAAAUUGUUAAACUUUUCACCCGGCCUAAUCAUUGAACUUCUACCAGAAUAAAAGAAUAGAGGUUUGUACGGCCGGCAGGUUAUACCCGGGCUGCGACUUUUCUUUGUUCUCUUUUCCUAACCUCUAACAACAAUGAGCUCGUUGUGUUCGCAGUCCCAUUACAAAGGCACUUUGCAGGACUUCUUGGAGGACGCUCACCUGGAGCUGGAGUCUGACGGCAGGGACUCCAUCAUGGAGUCACGUGCCAGCUCCUGCAACUCCCGCUGCUCCAAGAGUGCCAUGUGUUCUGUGUCC